CCGUAAAAUAGAUAUUACGAGGUUUCGUACAAAGGCAGUCAAAAAAUUCGUUUAUCAAUAUGAAAUACACGCACAUCGAUGUUACACUAACAAAGAACAGUUGUAUGUGCUAUAUAAUACAAGUUACAAACUAUGGACAAUCUAUAAAUGAUAUUUCAUCGUUUGCAAACGAAGCGUUUAUCGAUUUUAUUGGUAUAAAUUUUGUUUCUCGAAACGUAACGGUCGCUACAGUGUAUAACAGAAACGAUUAUCAUAAUUGUCACGAAGUACUGCAUCUAUGUCAUAUGAAAAAACGCUUAUCAUUAAUUAAAAAUGCAAAUGCCGAAAGUUUUAUAAAUUGUCAGCAUUAUAAAAGAUAUCUAUCGUUUCAGUUAAAGGUAUGUUAGAUAAUGACGCACUUUCUCGCAUAAAUAAAUAUUAUAUUUACAUACAUAUGUACAUAUGUACUUCAAAUAUUACAGCAUACAUUAAUUGCUUGUGACGUAGAAGAAUUUACAAAAACUAUAUUAGACGAAAUAAUUUUAUUGCAACGAUUAAAUUCCCGUAUAAAAUUCACGAUUCAUCACGAUCGGGAAAUGAUAUACAAUAAUUAUAUUCCAUUGGACAGUGAUUAUAAAUCAUGCCAUGUGGUUGCCAGUGCAUUGACAAAUGUGAUUAAACAGAGUUCAGAUAUUCAAUUUAAAGAAAACUGCUUUUCCAUGUUAAAAGUAGACAAUUCGCAUCAAGUAGAAACUGCGCUUAUGGUUAAGCUAUUACCAUUGAUACAUGAAAAUUAUACUUUCAUUAAUGAUAAUUGAUAAGUUGCCGUAUUACGAAAUUAACGGAAAGAGAUAAUAUAGAAUUACUGUACUGAUAUAAUAAGUUUUUAUACUAGAAUAUGAUAUCAGUCGCUCUUUGAACAUCUAAAUUUAAAGUAAACAGUUUUUUUAUCAGUGUGAUAGGUUUUUUUCUUGAUAUCAAGAAGAACAAACCUCCCCUAAUACUUAUUUCGCGCAAUAUUGAAUUUUUUACUAUCCUUCUAUACAUAUUUUUAUAAUUACUUUUCGGAAUACGAAUUUACGUAUAUUUAGGAUUCAAUUAUUCCCGCCACUGGUCACAUGUAACCGGCAGAAUCCUGCGCAAGUGUAGUUGCGCAUAACAAGCGUAGUAUUCAUUCUUCCCCCCAGUCAAGACGCGAGGGUCAGGUUAGGCAGGUCGGGCUGACAGCAGAGAGUGGAAAUAUCGUUUUGUUGUAGUUCGUAAAUGAAGACUAACUUUGUCGGGAAGUUUGUGAAAACUGUGAACAAGAGGGAAGAGGAUGCCACAGCGAAACUGUCAACAAAAUCCAUCGUAUUGGAGCGUCGCGAUGAAUUAGCCAAGGCAAACAUGGCUCGCGUUCCGGCAGACGUGUGUUUUUCUUCGUGGUGAACCUCCGUCUUUCUCUGUCUCACCAGGCAGGGAUCCUCAACUUCGGGAGUGGUGAUAUAUAUUCACGCAAGUACGUAACGCAUACAUCCAAUUGUAAUGCGCGUAUACACGCGGCUUAACGUAUAUUAAUAUACACACGUCGAGGGAAGAGGAGCUUCCCGCUUGUUAGUAUGCAAGUGCCGUUUCGGUGCCCCUUACGUGGCCUUAUUUGCACUCGCGUACGAUCGGCGCGCGAAACGAAUCAAAAUGACCGAUCUCAUUUUCUUAUAAUUUUUUUUUCCGAGUCCACCCCACCUGAUUCGUGUAACGCAAUUUUAAUUGUCGUACAAUCGUGUAAACGUCGUGUCUCUUUUACACGUUCAUCGCGGUGUACGUUCGUGUGCGUGUAACGGUGCAGUAAAUGGCGGAGGAUGUAAAAGGGCUUUCCUAGUCUACGAUGUGCCAGCAGAGAAUUAUCGGUAUUGUCGUUCCCCUGACAUAACCGCCGUUACUUCCCUCGUUUGUGGUUUCAGGUGAGAGUCGAUAUUCCACUCGUUCGUUACUUACUGCUUGUUUGUUCUCUGCUCACUCGAUAUUCCAUCGGCUAUACUAUCAAACAUUUUUUGUACGAUCGAAAUACGACUUUGCGUGUUAUUUAUUUGAUUCAUUAUCGCUGUGGAAUUUUGUACGCAAAGUUCAUUGCACUUAACCCGUUAUUACCGUAUGGAACCGAAUUAUCGAUGCUUUUACAUUUUACAUCAUUCGACGAAUCUUAUAACCUCAAACUUUACGACUAUCGCUACGGUCACCCGAAGUUCGCUUUGAGCGUCUCUGGUAAUACAUACGUACGUAUAAGCAGAGAAUUGUUAUGAAACCAUACGAGAUAUUUGCCUCUUCAUUGUAUUUUAAUAACAGCAUCUCGUUUAAAAUUAACACAACUGUUACUCUUACGGUACUAUCGUACAACUUUGAAGGAUCUUAACCGUAGAUUCUGUACCGUCGGAAUAAGAUAUUGAUCUCGUGCAUUUAUGACAUACCUACACUUACACUCGGCACCUCUGUAAUUUCAUGUUACCUUCUUGAUCGGUAAACGUAUCGAAUCGCUAAAUGUUUAACGGUAGCGUAUCUGAUACACUCUGCGGCCAUGGAUCCAUCGUAAGAUGAAUACUCGUGAGGUGCAAAGAAAGCGUGGUUGUAUAAAGUGUAAAUAACAACGAGUCGUCCCGGUAGGAAGAAGAACGUGAAAGAGGAAUAAUGGUUCAAUCGAGAGGAAAGUAACAUCCUGCCGUCAUCCUGGCGCGUGGCAAACCAGGCCAAAGGCCUGGAUCCUCAUCCUCCUCGUCCUCGUCCACGGAGAGGUUGCAAAGGAUGCCAGGACCGGCUCAAGAGAGGCCUCGUGCUCAACGAUUAACCGACAUCGAGCCUCAGGCUGCAAAGGGAUUAGGAUGUAAUCGAACGGACGAUUUCAGUACACCGAUCAGUUCUGGCAGCAACAUGGGCAGUAUAGCACGCUUUCCAAAAUUGGACGAGUGUGCCCACUUUCAUUACGAACAUGUUGAACUCAGUUCCUUGGAGGUAUCGCUUAGCGAAGGCACCAAUGAUUCAGACAGCUACGCGGUCAGAGUGACAUCCGGGGACGCGUGCUGGAUCCUGCAACGAUCUUACGAUAAUUUCGUGAUGUUCGACAAGCAACUGCAUCGGUGCAUAUUCGACAGGAAGUUCUCGUCGUUGGCGAAGCUUCCAGACACAAGGCCGAAAAACACCUGCGACAUUCUGAGGGAUUAUUUGAACAGGUUCUCCCAAUUGAAUCAUGAAGGCCUAAAUUGCGGUCCCGUAUUGAAUUGGCUGCAACUAGACAAUAGAGGAAGAAGAAUCCUCGUGCCGGAAUCGGAUUCCUGUCCAAUUAAUACACCUGCUGUAGCCGCGGCUUACGCGGUUAGACCUUACGCGGCACAGGCACCGGAUGAAAUCUCCUUCCAGGUUGGAGACAUGAUUUCAGUAAUAGACAUGCCACCUCCAGGGGAAAGCACCUGGUGGCGUGGAAAGCACGGAUUCGCAGUUGGUUUCUUUCCGGCUGAAUGCGUGGCUGUGAUCGGUGACAAAGUUCCACGCCAUUUGACCGUGUCGACGACAGUCAGAUCGAAGUUGCCGGUUAAACCAGUCCUGAGGAAACACGGGAAGCUAAUAGCUUUUUUCAGAUCGUUCAUAUUGAACAGACCGUCUAGGAGACGGCUGAAACAGUCAGGAAUUCUGAAGGAACGCGUGUUUGGUUGUGAUUUAGGGGAACAUCUUUUGAACUCCGGACAAGAUGUGCCUACUGUAUUAACGUGUUGCGCUGAAUUCAUCGAGAAUCAUGGCUUGGUGGACGGUAUAUACCGUCUGAGCGGUGUCACAUCGAAUAUUCAAAGACUAAGAAACGCUUUUGACGAGGAUCGUGUCCCUGCGUUGCAUUCCGACGAAAGUAUUCUGCAAGACAUCCAUUCGGUGGCGUCUCUGUUGAAAAUGUACUUCAGAGAAUUACCGAAUCCCCUCUGUACGUAUCAGCUGUAUUCUACGUUCGUUAGCGCGGUUCAAGCCAGUACCGAUGCAGAAAGAUUGAGGCGAAUGAGAGAAACCGUUAGAAAAUUACCACCACCGCAUUACAGAACGUUGGAGUAUCUCAUGCGGCAUUUGGUGAGAGUUGCGGCCAGAGGCGCUGAGACUGGCAUGACCCCGCGUAACGUGGCGAUCGUGUGGGCACCGAAUCUGCUUAGGUGCAAGGAACUCGAAGUUGGAGGCGUAGCAGCACUGCAGGGCGUUGGCGUUCAAGCUGUGGUUACGGAAUUCUUAGUCUGUUACGCGGAAUUAAUAUUCGGGGACGGUCCGGUCGGUCGGCCAAAAUCGUUGGCCAUUACCACGCCCGCGAGAUUGCUCAGUUUGGAGGAGGCACGAAACAGAAGCCUUAGAGGCGAGCCUGAUUACAUCGAAGUGGGCGCUGGUCCAGCCGGGUUACCAUUACAUUACCAUACGGUCAUAGAAUUACCGCGAAAGAGAAACGGCUCGAAGCGUUCACCAUCGUUGAACUGGAGAGCUUUGUUCGGUAGAGGUGGACUGGGUGCCAGAGGGAAGACGAGACAAGUUGGCACGCCACCUCAAGCAGAAACGGUGCCAAGUUCCUUAAACUCCUUACGGCGAUUAAGACCGGUGAAAAGUGCGGAUAGUUUGGACGGUGAGGACAGUUUAGGUCCUCUUCUAGGACCUCCACCAGCUAGACCCUGUGGCCACAGUCGAUCAGUUUCGCAUGAUUCGUAUUUCGAUCAUCUAGCGGACGCACCGAAUACAGCGUCGCCGUUGGAUCUAUCGGAGAUACAGCUUAACUUUGACCUGGAGGAAAGAGAAAUGCGAAUGUUCUCGGAAGAGGAGAGCGCCGGAGUGGCGUCGGUCGAAGCGUCACCGCGACGGCAACGUACCGAGGGAACCCAGAGUGCUGCUGCUACCGGUGGAUCCAAGAGGAAGAGAUCACGAUUGGAGGAAAGACUGCAGUGCGACGUUGAGUUGCGCUUCAUCGAUAGCCAAAGUCCUGAUCAGGUGAUGGUAUCCGCGGAUGUGCACAGUAUGGAUACCCCGUCCCCUUUACCAACCCCAGGAUACCUUCCCUUAUUAUCCGAAGCCUCGACACCGCUGACACCGGCCACCCUACACGGAACGCCUCACUCUACGUCGCCUGUGCCGGCUAAUAGUCCUAGGAUAAGUUUUCGAAGUUUCACUUUACCAUUAGAGAUCGACGACGAUCAAAGCAACGCGAGCAAGCUGAACAGAACUAGCGUGUCUUCCGAUAAAUCAUCCGACCCUAGUCAUAGGUUAUCCGUAAACAUAGAUGGUCAGAGUAACGCGAAGUCCUGCGAGAGGAUAAUUACGUACGACAAACGCGUGGACAUGUACGAUGACAAGGAGUCUUCCAAGGCUCAGAAGACAUCGAACGAGUCGAAUUUGAUGUCCGACGUAGUUGACCAAGAGAUGACCCCUUGCGAUAGGUUAACGUCUCGUCCGAACGAGAUGGACUCUAGUAAAAUAACGUCUCUGUGUAAAAACUCUUGUCCCAUGGAGGAGAACAAGUCCCUCAACGACAGCAGAGACACUUUGGACGUACGAAAACAUGAUACCUCGACGAACAAGUCGAUCGACUCGCAAAACGACGCCAUGGCUGGAAAUUCGAACGCUCUUCGAAACGAAUUAACCGAUCUUGAUUCUCCGAUGUCCUGCGAACAGACCAUCGAGGAUCUACCCGAUUCCGGCUUCGUUAUUUGCGAUAGCUCCGACAAGAUGUUCACCAACACCGAUACACCUCAGAUCGCAACGAACACCAACGAUUCCGGUGAAUGGGUGAUAGUGGAGGGUACCGAUUCGAUCACCACUCCGACCAGCGAGUCGAGCAGUCCGAAGGAUCCUCGGGAAGGAACCGUGAAUCCUGCGAUAGCCACCGAUCCGCCGCAGUUAAGAUCAAUGUCGGAGAACGUUUCUAGAACCUCGUUGGAUUUAACCAUGGGCUCGACGGUGGAUACGGACACUUCUUGCAUAGGAGUCAGCGACUUGACGGAGAGUCCUGUUCUGCCACAGGAAUCCGGAGAAAUGUCCUUCGACGUUGCUGACAACAGGGAACUCGAGGGACAGAAUACCGCGCAAAGAUCAUCCGGGGCAUUUGAAAGCGAAACGAGCUUCGGCUUGAUCGAUUCUGGGAAUACUUUUUCGAAUAUCGUACACGAUCGGAAUAACGGAAACGAGAAAACCAGUGAAAUGGAUCACGAGGCCACCGAAUGCUACUCGCAACUCGACGAUACUAAAUCGUUCAACGAAAACUCUAUGAAAAAGGAAGAGGUUCUGGGAUCAGACGAGGACGAUGACGAGGUAUUCGAAAAUUCUCAGCGUUCGACAAGGAGUUUGGACUACCAGCAAAAGGGUAUCCGACGUUCCUUGCAGCUGCGUCAGAAGCCACAAUUCCAAGUCGCCGAUCGACGUUCUUUCUCGAGCCAAUCGACCAAGAAACAGGACCUCGAGCUACCCCUUUCCGACAGUAACAAGCAACGCUGUCAAAAGCCAGACAAGUGCCAAAGCUUCGAGUACGUUUCUCAGAAAGAAUCUCCUCAGAAGAAUCAACAGCGUAAGCAAUUCUCUUCUCGUACCGAUAAACCGUCUCAAUGUAACAAUUUGAAGAGCAAUCAACUGGAAGAGGAUAUAGAGGUGGUGAUACCGUCGGAGAACGCAGCGGAACCAAGCGAGAUAGCUCAUCCCCCCGAAGGUGCAUCUGAAUCAACAUCCCUGAACUCGUCGUGCUCUUUCUCAAACGCAUCGUCUCCGGUCGAUGAUUCCAUAGUUCUUCGAGACACUGCUGCUAUACUGCAAGAGUUGGCGUUGCAAAGAUUAUCAGGCGGUAUGGUCGGCGAUUUGUCCCUUCCUCCUAGGAAGAGGUACGAGCCUGAGAGCAACAAGGAUCGAAGAAGCUUCGAUUCCGAAAUAGGCAGAGAGAUAGUUCGCGAAAGAAAGAUGAGACAGGAGUUGGACUCUGCUAGAGGAAAAUCCGAGGAACCAGCUGUUAACAAUACUCAACAUUUGCCACCGUGUUUGAGAGCUCGUCAUGCAAGAGCCAGUCGAGCAUCGCUAAGUAGAUCCUUGGACGAAGCAAAAUUCAAUAAAAUGACAGAGGAAGCUCGUCUUCCUGUGAAACAGUCUAUGGAGGAUACACAGCAUAGCUCGACGCCUAAUGUUGGCUCUGGUUCGAACGGUUCUUCCAGCAACACGGAUAAAAGUCAUCUGAAGAACCUGGGCGGCUUGGACCUGGGCGACCCUCAAUGCAGAGAACGAAUAGAAAAGUACAAAGAGGAGAGAAGGACGUUCUUGAGGGAUAAGUACAGGUCGGAAAGCUUUCGAGGAAUGUUGUCGAAGACGGAGGACGACGGUGAACAGGCACUUUUAGCUAGGUUAAAACAGAGAGCCUCUAGACCCUCUCUGCAUUGAUAUUAAAAUAUUUACUAAAGAGUUUCUCUGGGUCGAAUCUAGACGACCAUAUUAUUGCCUGAAAAUCGCGUCGUAUAAGGGAAUUAUUUGUUAACGAUUCCAAUGAGAACUGCUCGUUCUAUCCACCGUGUUACGUUUAACCCUUUGCUCUCAGAUUAUACCAUCUAUCUUUGAGAUAACAAUAAUAAUAUUUCGUCUUGAAACAACGGUAGAUUUAACCGAGUAUUUAGAAACUGAUACGUUUCGAAUUGUUCCGUGUAAAGGAAACUUGUCGUUAGCGAUGUUAUAUUAGAUCGUAGGGAAUCCGACCAAAUUGUAAUUUUAAAAGUUCCAAGCAUUCGGAGAAGCGUGUCGAGGUCCAAUUUCGAAAACAAAUGGUUAUGCACAAUCGAUCAACUUUUUCACCGAUCUAUAAUACUUAUAAAAAAAAAAAAAAUUGUUAUACUUUCUCUGCCAUUCAGGUAUUUCUUUAUAUAUAUAUUUUUUCAAGUAUUAUCUUUUUAAUAUUUUAAAGUGACGAUUCUAUUUACGUGUGUAUUUAUAUUCGAGUGUAAAGGGUUAAAGCGUGAGAUUCGAAUAUUCGAGUAGUGUAACGAAGGAAGAGGAUACGUGAACUUUCUUUUCAAAGGAGUUCGAGAAAGAAGUUUAUUCGUUUUUUUUUGUUUUUUUUUAUUGUUUAGCAGAACAGUUCGACGAUAAUUCGUACGUGUGUUCUUAAUUUAUUACUUAAUCGAGAUUAAUACGUAAUUAGAUUAUUUCUGUUAUUGUUAUUACGAGGAUCAUUUUCCAUUAUUAUUAUUAUUAUUAUUAUUAUUAUUAUUACUAUUAUUAUUAUUAUUGUUAUCGUUCCCAAAGAUGUCUCGUUAUUUAGAACCUUAGAUGCGUUUUGUCGUGCUGUUCUGUUAAUCGAACAUUUAAAUAAUUGAUCGACGUGUAUCAGAGUGUGUUGGUAUCGGGAGAACCGAUUCGUUUUUGAAAAACCACCCUUUGCACGCGAAAUUCCUUUGUCCACCGGUUGCUGAGUAGGCUUGUUUGAAAAUUUUAUCGAGAAGUUAAGUUUAAACGUACAAAUUUAUAAAAUACUCUUGUCUGUAAUGGUUGAUCUGAUUCUUUAGUCAUGGUGAUUUUUUAAGAGGUGUAUAAUUAUACGUACAGGAUGUUUAAAGAAAUUUUUUACCCAUAUUUAGAGUAAGAUUAUUGAAGUUUUCAUGAUUUGGAUUUUUAUAAUUGAUACUUUUUAAAUCGUGUCUGGUUAAUUACAGUUAUCAAAUGGAUUUAUUUUUUAAUUGAUAAUUAUGAAAUAUUAAAAAAUUUACCAUAAACUUCUCAGAACACCCUGUACGUACACUUUAAUGGUACUGCUCGUGUUGCACGAGAGGAAAACCAAUUUCUAGAAUGAAAUGAAAAAUUAAAAAAAAAAAAAAUAUUCGCUCGAUGCAGGCUCGAAGUACACAAGUGCAAAGGACUUGAACGUUUUAACGAACGCCUUCGAUUCGCAUAGCUGGGUUAUAGUAAUUAAAAUCGAAACGCUUCCUUUUUUUUAUAAAUUUCGUUGUUGCUGAUUGAACUGAAUAUUUUUUAUACACCGUGAAGCGUGAUUUCGCUCGAUCAUAGAUCGUUUGUUCGAUGAUAACGAGGUGCGUGUAUCGAUGUCCAAGCAUUUUUCUCGCUAUUUGUAUCUCAGAAUCUUUGCUGAUUCGUCUUCUUGUUUCUCUUCUCUUUUCAUUUUUAUACAUACCUUUCCAAGCUUGUCACAGCUGAGAUAGCGCUUAAUUAGAGAUUUUUUAAAAAUAUAUUUACACUCUGUUAGCGAUGUCAUUGAUGUCGAGAAAGUUUAGAAUACUCGUUAAUGUUUCGUGUUCUGUUUUUAGAUUAGAAUCUUUGGUACAUUUUGAUGGAUCUUCGUUUGUACUUGAUUAGAGAUUGCAAAAUUUUUCCAUCCCAUUUUUUUUUUUCUUAAUUUUUACGAUUCAAUCUCCACUGUAUUAUUUCUUAAGUAUUCGAUACACGUCGUUGUAUUUUCUUUUUCUUUUUUUUUUUUUUUAAUUGUCGUGGACUGGUCCACGAUCAAUCUAUAACAUUUUUUUCUUUUGUAUAUGCUAAUUAUUUAGUUGACAUGUAAUAUAUUAAUUUAUAUAUUUUAGUUUGAUUAUCAGUGUAAAACGAAGAUGUUUUUGCUUGAAAUCAAGAUUACUAUCGGUUUUAUUCAUUUUUAUUUGCAAUUCAGUUUGAUAGAAAUACUUUCUUCGUGCCACUAGGAUAAAAUACCAAUUCCAAUUUUUUAUAGCUUCUUUUAUACGUACAACUUUUUUCGAUCACGUUAAACAAUCGUUUUUUACUUCACUCUUUGGUUUAGUUUUCAUAUCUUCAGUUUGAUUAUCAAUUUCUUUCCUUCCUGCCAUUCAACGGAGGUGUCUUAUUUACCCUCACGCGAUAUCGCGUGUUCGUUAAAUUCAGAGAUCAUUUCUUGACAAUUAAAAAAGAAAAUAAUAAUAAUUAUCGAAGAUAAGGCACCCCGUAUAUCGUUCAAGAAUUGAUCACCAUCGGUCCCAAUGACUUUCAGUCGUUUCGAAGGUCGGAUAAAUGACAAAGUUGAUAAAAUGGAAGCUCGUUUUAUCUUCAACCGAAUCGCGAUCUCUGCAUCUUGUUCUUUCAACUACGAACAAUAAUCAAAAGUAUAGGAAAGACGUCACACUGUAUAUUUUCAUCCGUGUUUGUCUAUUCAUAAUCCUGAAGAUGCUCAAAAGAAAAAAAAAGGAUCUGUUUUGCAAGAAGCGCGAACACGUUUUUCAAUAUCGUUCAGAAUUUUACAUGCCAGAUUCGCGGUUUUCUGUAUUUUUUUAUGACACGAAUCGUAGUGUACAAGAUGUAACAUAUUUCUUAUUCUUUUUUCUGGUAAAACGAACAAGAAAAAGCAAAACUCGACGACCAAACACAGAGCCUUUAAAGAAAAAAAAGAGAAGAAAAAAAAACAAUAUCUUACCCGAUGGUUUGCUGAAAAUUCAAGAUGUUUUUUUUUCUUUUUUUUCUUUUUAUGAAUGUUAUAACGUUUGCUGUGACGAUGAUAACGAUGAGUGAGAGAUUAAAAAGAAAAAUGUGUCACGAGCAUUAAAAUGUCGAGACAACGCGUAUAGAAUUGUAAUAAUUGAAAGAUUGCGAACAAUAUGGAUGAUUAUUAAAUAAUCUAUACAGUUGAUUAUUCCUAUCGUCGGAAACGCUCUUUAUCGCUAGAAUUUCUCUUGUUCGAUGUGUACGCGUGAUGGCUUGUUAAAGCAUUCACGAAAAAACUUAUUCAACGCUGUAACGAAGUAUAAACGUUUCAAUGGCACGCGUCUGAAAGACUGUAACAAUUUGCGUUCUAAGCGUUGCAAAUUGUUCCGGUAGUAUCGUUAAUUCCUUCAUUUGUUUUUUUUUUUUUUUUUUUAAUCUUCGUCUUAUUUUGUAUAUUGAACCAUGAUGAACUCGUGAUUGAGCAAUGAUCAUUCGAUACUACCCGUUAAUUUACAUUUCCAUGAGAAAAAUAUGUAUACUUUUUAAUUAGUAUUAUUCGUGUUCAAAGUUGUACUUGCAUUUUAAGUAUUAAAAACAUUACCGUCUGUUAGAAUAUUAAUGCAUUUACUAUGAAAAAUAAUUUUUAUUUACAUACAAAAGUUAAAAAAAAAAAAAUUUUUUUUCAUUCAUCAGAAAAGUCAAAUGAUCAAUGCUUGAUUAUCUUGCCGAUGAUGAAUAAUUAUUCUUCUCUUUGAUGCUCGUCAGUGAAUCGUAAGCGUGUAUGAAAACCCGUAAAUGAUAUGCAUGCACAAGUAAUUAGCUUCCCCCAAAGACAGACUAAGAGUGAAGAAUCGUGUUUAGAAAUAUUAAAAAUGAAACAAAGUAUUUAAAGAAAGAUCUUCGAUAGCUGCUUCCCUGGAUACCAAGUGUAAUUAAGGGAGAAAGGCCUAGUUAGCGGUAUUAUACAUAUUAAACAGGUAAUUGCCUAAUACAAGAAAUAAAAACCUCGAGGAUACAUCUAUUUACGAGAGUACUUCUGCACAAUACAAUGCGCAAUAACGGUACACACGUAGGAUGUAUAUUUUUUAAUAAUUUGAGAUUGUCGCGGUUAUACAAGGAUAUAAAAUUAGGUAUAGUUGUAGGGUUGUUGAGAACAAAGGAGAGAAACAACAAAAAAACAAAAAAAAGAAAGAAAAAAAUAAGUAACAGACGCCUAUUAGAGAAUAACAUUUCCUAUGAAAAACUAAGCGAAAUCUAAUCCUCCUCCAGUGUAGUUGCAAAAUCGGCUAAUAGUAAUCUUGUUUUUAAGCGUUGAAUACCCACCGUUCGUCGAUCUGGACGUAUUUCUAUUUCCAUCCCCCUUUCUCUCUUCUACUUCGCUCUACUAUCUUGUCUUUUUUUAGUUGUAUUUCGUCGUACGAUUGUUCUGUUAUUAAACGAUACUACUGUUUUGCCUACUACGAUUAUAAUUAUAAUAUAUGGAAAAUUAUAUGUAAACAAAUAUAAAUACUAUAAAUAUUGGAGAAAUCAA